AUGCCUAACCUGCCCAGGACCAAUUUCAGCUUUACAACCUUUUUGUUGACUGGCUUCCCAGGCCUGGAAUGGGCUCACUGCUGGAUCUCUCUGCCCAUCUUUGCAGGCUAUCUAGUGGCUGUCCUGGGCAACAUCACCAUCCUCUACCUGGUGCGCACUGAGAACUCCCUGCAUCAGCCCAUGUACUACUUCCUGGCGAUUCUGGCAGUGACAGACCUGGGUCUAUGCAUGUCGACUCUGCCCACAAUGUUGGGUGUGCUGUGGUUUGAUGCACGGGUCAUUGGGCUGGUGUCCUGUAUUCUCCAGCAGCAUUUCCUCCACUCUUUCUCCUUCAUGGAAUCUGCUGUGCUCUUUGCCAUGUCCCUGGACCGCCUGGUGGCCAUUCGCUUCCCACUGCACUAUGCCACUAUUCUCUCUGGGCCCCGUGUAGCGCUGGCUGGGGCAGUACUGGGUUUGAGGAGUGCUGCUAUCACAGCAGCACCCUCAGUCCACUUGUUCACUUUCCAAUACUGCCAUCCUGGGGCCCUCUCUCAUGCUUACUGCUUACAUCAGGACAUGAUCCGUCUGGCCUGCUCUGACACACACUUCAAUAGCAUCUAUGGGCUGUGCAUUAUCAUGCUGGCCAUGGGCUCUGAUGUUCUCUUCAUCCUGAUUUCCUAUGCCAUUAUCCUUCGCACUGUGCUCUCCAUUGCCUCUGCCAGGGAGAGACUCAAAGCCCUCAACACAUGUGUGUCCCACAUUCUUGCUGUGCUGUGUUUCUAUGUACCUGUGCUUGGCUUGUCCAUCGUUCAUCGCUUUGGGCGCCAUGCUUCUCCUGUUGUACAUGUGCUUAUGGGCACAGUCUCAGUCCUCUUCCCACCGCUGAUGAACCCUGUGAUCUAUAGUGUCAAGACACAGCAAAUCCGACGAGCCAUCCUCAAAGUAGUCUCUUUGGGAAAGCUCUAG